UCGACCUAGGAGCCAAUCCAUGAGCGUACGCGCUUAUCCUCCUUCCAAGGCAAAGAAGACGGGCGCGAGCGCAGAAACAGCUGCGAUCCUGACGAAAGCAACUUCAUUCUUAUGGCCCCAAAUCGCUGUCGCAAUGGCAAUGUUUAUUUCCUCUGCUUCUUAAGUUGUACUACAUAUACCUGUAGUAGAUCAUUCUCCACAACAUCACGGUGCAGGGCAUCUUCAGCGUAGAAGUACUGUUAUAACUUUUGACUUAUGUUGUAUAGAUGCUGCACAACAUCACUACCUUCUAGCCCUAAUCUUGGCAAGGUCGUUGAGUAAAGUAUCCUCCUCGUCCUCUUCCUCCUCCUCGGCAGCUGUUGCAGAAGGUGGUAAAAAAGACGAUGUGGUGAACGGCGUAAAAUCAGGACUUGGAGAAAGUGCCCUCGCAAGCGAUAAGGGGGACAACGAUGGCACGACAGCAGGUAAGGAAGCGCUUCCUUCCGCUUCUCCCAUAGUCGAGAAGCGCCCUGGCGAUGCUGUCACCUCGGCAGAUUCGAGUGCAAGCGGUUUAGUGGGAGAAACAGAUCUAAAAGAUCUUGCGGAGGAAAAGUCCUUGAAACGACAAACGGAUCUAAAAGAUCUUGCGGAGGAAAAGUCCUUGAAACGACAAACGGAUUUAAAAGAUCUUUCGGAGGAAAAGUCCUUGAAACGACAACGAGAGGAAGAGGAUGCACACAACGGCGCAGAUGGGAUCGAUGAAACUGGUGGAAAGGACAAUACGAAGUGUGCCAAAGUUGAGGGAGCCGAAGAUGAAGCAGGCGAGGAAGCUGCAGCUGCUGAGGCUUCACCAAUCAAACCCCCUUGCUCGAACACCAAUGGCGGAGAAGAAGUGGAGGCUGACCAGCAAGCAGCAUCUUGUUCCUCGACGGAUCCUCAAGCACGACAGGCAGUUGCAGCUUCGACGAAAGCAGAGGCAAGCACGGGAGGAAAAGCCUCGUCAGAGCAAAUGACAGAAGAAGAGGCGGAACGGAAGAAGAAUUUCGACGAGCUCCUCAGUCAAAAAGUGUGGGCUCCGUCUGAAACGGCUGACGCAAAGCUCCUUGCGGGCGAAGUCGAAAAUGCGCCGGGCAUAGCUCGCACUACUUAUGGCUCGAUACAAGUAGUGCUAGGCUAGGCUUGAUCUUCAUCCUUUUCGUGUCAUACCAUUACCAAAAAUCUUUUAGAGAGCUGACUGAGAUGGCUCGAUACAAGUAGUGCUAGCUGCUAGGCUUAAUCUUUGCCUUUUCGUGUCAUACCAUUACCAAAAAUCUUCUAGUGAGCUGAUUGAGAUGGCUCGAUAUAAGUAGUGCUAGCUGCUAGGCUUAAUCUUUAUCCUGUUCGUGUCAUACCAUUACCAAAAAUCUUCUAGUGAGGUGACUGAGGAGGCAAUGAAACCGCAAUCAUCAGCCAUGCGCUCUCAUCUCUAACUUCACCUGUACAAGCAAGCCAAAGGGGUCCAAAUAAAUUCGCUGGAUUAUCGGAGUUUUAAGCUUCAAAUCCGUGGCUUGAUGCUGGAGCGCGAAACUUUUGCCAUCCCUGCUUCUGACUUGCGUGCGCACAUUGCGGAGAAUAGCAGCGAUGGGGGUGCAAAUCUGCUGCCGAAAAUGUCGGCAUGCUUACUAGAAAUGGUUACGUGUGAUCUCGUUCGAUUCGUUGAUAAGCGGGGUAACAAUGUGAACGCCAAAGCAGGGAACAAGGGGCAGACUAUUGAGUUAGUGAACGUGAACAGAACUGCGACUACCAACGGCGCCAACAAUGAAGCAGAAGGAGGGGAGAAAAUUAGUGCGGCUUCCGAGGAGAAGAGUAAUGUUGCUGACGGAGCUAUUAACCAGGACGGACCGGCUGCUAAUCAGGAUGGAUCUCUGCCUGACCAGAUCCAGAGCGGAGCUACGUUUAUGCAGAGCGUAGCUACGUCGAACCAGAGCGAAGCUACGUCUAACCCGAGUGGAGCUACGUCUAACAAGGACGUUGCUCCUAACCCGGGCGCACAAUAGUUCGUGAUGGGUUGUGAGCACGAAAGACAAUCAACAUCGGCCUAUAAAGCGGAGUCCGGUAUGAUUGACGGCGAAUAAUUUGUGAUGAAUGGGAACCGGAACAUUUCAACUUGAACUUAUAUUAUCCCCACUCGAAUAUGAUGUAUGAAGAUCAUUAACAAGAACGUCGUACCCCGUGAGGAUGAGUCCUGAGGAUUUGUUUCCUCUUGCAGAUAGAUUUUCACGACCCGCCCAUUCAAUUGCGCUUCCAAGAAGAGCGUUUCUGUCCUCUGACCGAUGAUUCUUUUCCCCAGUAGAAAGCUUCCAAGAUCACCUGAAAAUACCAGCCCUUGCAGGGCUAUCUUCCUAUGAAAAA